ACUAUUCUAUGAUGCUGUGAUGCGACCAAGAUAGUAUCAAGAUACGACGUAUGUCAUCAUUCUGGUCAAUUGUGGUUGAUUCUGAUGUAAUUUGGGAAAGAAAUAAUUGCGUCUUAAAGUACUGCCUUUAAUACUUCGUCCUUUAUUUAUUUAGUAAUUCGCGUAAAAGUGUAGUUUUUUACUAUUAAAAAUGGACGAAAGUUUGUUAAAAGAAAUCCAUUAUUUGACACAUUUAAUAGAACAUCAUAACAAAAAAUCAUCAGGAAAAGUAUACUGUAAGGAAGAAAGUAUACAAAACCAAAACUCAGGUCUUACAAGGUCCUACAAAUGUACAAAUUUACUCCAGAAAUGUCAACUAUUUUCAAAAACUUCUGAUAGUAUCUCAAAUACUGAAUUAACAAGUACUAAUGUAUACAUCAAUCCAAAUUUUAAACAUCAAAAUUCUGCUAUACAUAUCAAUCCAUCAUUGCGCGUAAAACCUUUAGUACACGUUAAUCCAAAAAUGGUGAGAGGUGCUAUUAAUUCUAAUGAAAAUAUAGGAUGUAAUUCUAUAAACAAAGUAGCAAGUGUUAAACAAAUUUCUUUGCAAGAGCGAAACUCUAUGAAAAAGUCAGUGUAUGUUAAUCCAAAAUUAAUGAAAAAAUUGUCUUCCUCGAUACAAUCUAAGCCAGUAGAACAUGCUAGUCAUCCAGUUUGUUCAAGAUUGAAAUUUGUUAAGGAUACAAAUACUUCAAAGACUAUUGGUCAGAAGAGAACUAAUAAUUCUAAUAUUGUAAUUUUAUCGCAAAGAAAACUUGUACGGGUAAAACGAGUAUCAAGAAGGUCAUUAAGUACUUCUCAAAUGGAUCUACAUAAAAUUAAAAAGUCGCCAAAUUCGUCAUUAAAAAGUAUCAAACCUUUUUCUCAUAAAGUCAUGAAAACAAAAAUAGUAAAUACUUUACAACAAUCUGUUAGUAAGAAUACCAAUUUUGUGAAAAUGCCAAUUAUAAAACCUACAGUAAACAAGUAUAGAAUAGACAGAACUAUACCAAAAUCAAUAGGUAUCAAAGAACAUAUAGAUCUUGGUCAGAAAAAAAUUAUGAAUAACAAAUCGGAAUUAAUUACAAUUGGAGGAAUUGUUUACAAGUCUUCCAAGAAUCAGCUAGUACGUAAGAGUUAUGGAGUAAAAAGAAAACGUGCAACAAAUACAAAAGAUGAUAAAUUUAUCGUGACCACUAAUGGGAAAAAAUUAUGUAGGAUAAGAUCUCUGAAACAAAUAUCUGGAAAUUCUAAUACUAAAACAUUUAACACACUCAGUGGCACAAAAUUAUUAUCUAACAUAUCGCAGAAAGUAAACUAUAAAAAUAAUAUUAGUAAUAAAGUCAAACAAAGGAGUAUACAGAUAUUACGGAAUAAAAUGCAAAAAAACAAUCAACCUUGUUUGAUAUUUCAACGAUUUGGAUAUUGCUCAAACCAUGAAAGAGGGAUUUGUGUAAAACGCCAUGAUAAAAAGCAAAUUUCUCUUUGCAAAAAAUUUCUUCAAGGAAAUUGUUUACUGGAUAAAUGUCCAUUAUCUCAUGAUGUAGGUCCUGAAAAAAUGCCAACUUGUAAAUACUUUUUAGAAGGUUGUUGUACCCGAGAUGACUGUCCAUAUCGUCACAUUAAAGUUUCUUCCAGCACUCCAAUUUGCAGAGAAUUUUUGCAAGGAUACUGUGCUAAAGGUCGUGAGUGUAAGCAACGUCAUGAAAAUCUGUGUCCAGAGUUUGCAAGGCUGGGAACGUGCAGUAAAGGUAAGCAUUGUCCUUAUCCUCAUAAGCCACAUUCCCCUUCUAAUAAACAAAACCAUUUCAAAAGAAAAUACAAUGUACCUAACGAUCCAAUAACACCUCCUACUAUAUCAAAGAAUAUUCCCACUUCUAGUAAUGAAAACAGACUCAGAUACUAUGAACAAGCAGAUAGCGGUACCGAUAAAUCUCUUGAUGAAAAAAGAGAAAGAGUUAUGAACAAAAUUAAACUUAUGAAAAGGGUAGAAGCUACAAUUCAUUCCGACGCAUUAAUCAAAAUUUCUGAUGAUAACAUAAAUUUAAAAUCAAUCAAUGAUAAUUGUGAAUCUCAAAGCAUUUCUGAUUGUAAAAUUGCAAAGCGUCCUCCAAUUGGUUUUCUUCCUACUUAUAUACCCAUUAAUUAAUACAUACAGUACAAUAUCACUCAUAAAAAUUUGUUAAUAUUUUUCGAAAUCGUCUGCGGGUUCAUAUAUCUUAUCUAUUUUUAUUAAAAUAUCAAAUUUAUAGUUUGAUAAACAACAAUUUUUGUUUUAAUUAGUAGUAAAAUUUACGUUUGUUAGCUAAACAGAUUUAAGUUUGUAUAAUAUUAAGUAUAAAUAUAUACAAAAAAUGAGGACUAUAUUUUAUAAUGUGUAUAUAAUUAUGUAAAUGGAAAAAAUGUACACUUUG